GCAUGCACCGACGCACGCAUAGAAUAGAAGCAGCUUCCGCUAUCUAUAGUCGAGUCAACGUGAGAGUGAUGCCCUGCUUCUAUGAUUAAACAGUCUUCAUUAGCCUGGCAAGAGAACAGCCGGUGUACUCCAUCGAUAGAUUGGGAACCACGUUACAAUCAGGCAGUACCUUAUGGAAUGAAUUUUACUCAUCAUCAUUUUAUCUUCUAAGUGGUCGUUAAAGGUUUAGUUCAAAGUCGUACAGCGGGUGGUUGUUUCGAAUGUAACAACGAAGGUUACCUGGAUGUUCGAAAGGUCUACUUGACAUCCCCAAUAAAUUGAAGACACUCGGGUGAAACAUAAUCUGCGCUGUCUCCUUCGUCGACAAACGUCCGGAGAGGAUAUUAGAAAACACAACCUGUUCAUUGGGAACGGUCAAGUCUCUGCACGGUCGUCGUGGUGAGGACGAAAUGCGUAUACCAAAGACAUUCUGAUGAAUCCUUCAAUCGAGAUGAACAUAUGAUCGGUUAGAAUAUGAGUAAAUAAUUAACUUGAAUCCCCCGGUAACCAGAACUGGUAACCUUUGGUCAUUGUUAACUAACCUGUGGUUACAGUUACAGCUAGUAGAUAAACUUUGGUUGUCAGUUUAAAAAAAUCUACUGUGAGAACUGCGAGGCUGAAAAGCCAACACUAAAUGUGCUGAUAACCUGGAUCUGUGGUUAUAGUUAUCAGUUGUACUUCUUCACUGGGUUAUCGGCUUUCGUAACCUGGUUUAAAACCAGGAAACCGUCAAACAUGGAUUACGUGUUUGAACAUUCCCCGAGUAUGGAGGAGUUGGCAUCGAAGGGAGUUCACCUCCACUGGAACAGUCUGCUUACGGAGAUUGGAGGCACGGCUAUGCUGGCGGGUCAAGAUGAACUCUACGUGCUCUGGCAGAAGUUGAGGAACGACGAGCCGGAACUGCUUUUGGUGUUUCAGAAUUUCCUCUGCAAGGCUGUGUCGGAGAUACAGAUAGUGCACGACAAAUGCGACACCCUCGUAAAAACUAAGAAUGGCAUCCACACGGACGAGAUGCGUCGAUUAUACGAAGAAAUGGAACAAAUCUUACAGCAGGAGAGAGAGGCGCUUAAAGUCAAGUACCAAGAAGAGCUCCAGGCAGAGAUGGACAGAUGGCUGGAAGAAAAGGACCAUGAAAUGAAAGACAUCCUCCAGAAGAAGAAAGAGCUUGAACAAUCGUUACAGGAGUUGGACAGAAAAGAAAAGGAAAAAGCUCUGCAAAACCAACAGCUUGAAACCAUGGUGAUGGAGCUGAGUCGACACGAAGCCAACAUCGUCGCUGAGAACGAUGACCUUGUCAAGGAAAACACGCAGCUGCGCAUGCGCCUUGACCAGUCCCUGGCGGGGUUAAAUGAAACCCAGCAGCUGUGUCUUCAACUACAAGACGAGACGGAGCGAGAACGGGAAUUCAUCGAGAGAGAGUACGCGGAGGUUUUACGAGAACAAGAGAGGAAGUCACAUGACCGACAGAGCCUCGAACUUCAACUAGAAAAACUCAGGGAAAAGUACGAGAACCUGGUAGAAGAUAACUACGAGGUCCGGCCAAGGAGGGUGGGAGUCAUGCAGAUGAGUCGUGUCAGCAGUUACAGCGACUGCGAAUGCGACCAACAAAUGCAGCAGUUUCUGCAACUACGCACCCCAGACCGAUGCUUCAAGGUCGUCAUGUGCGGAGACUCGGGCGUCGGCAAGACAAGCUUCCUCCAGAGAUUCUGCCAUAAUACCUUCUCGGACAACCCACAGGUUACCAUUGAGAUUGGCUUUCACAUGAAGUCGCUGGUGAUGGACAACUCGGUGGUGUCGCUACAAAUUUGGGACACGGCAGGACAAGAGAGAUUCCGAAGUAUCCCCCAUGCGUAUUUCAGGAAGGCAGAUGGCGUCCUACUCUUGUACGAUCUCUCCUGCGAGAAAUCCUUUCUGAGUGUCAAGAGUUGGAUUGCUAGCAUAAGGGAGGUUGAUGACACAGCUACCAUCAUGCUAGUAGGACACAAGGAGGAUCUGGCGGACUAUGACCGAGAGGUGCCCAAGGAAUUGGCGCACAUGUGUGCUCAGGAGAACGGUGCCUUGUUCAUCGAAGCAAGUGCGAAAACCGGCUUCAACAUUUUCGAGGCACUCGGGAAGUUGGCAAGAGAGCUUCAGAAACGUGAAGAUGACACAGUAAGCAGAGUGUACACGGUGGAACUCAACGAGGAAAUAGUCUUCGCUCCAGCCAAGAAAAAGUGCUGCACCAUCUGAGUGAUGACGUCAUCCAACUCCCGCAAACUCUUGCCCAAUGAUGAACAGUGCGCUCUGAGCCACGUGCCUGACAACCGCAUUUUCUCAAGACUUUUCAGCAGGUCAUUCUGAUUAGCUAGCUUUAUACACGUUGAAUUGGAUCUUCAUAACAUAAAACGGUGGUUCCUUAUUUUCCGUGUUUUCGGGGAACUUAAAACAAAUUUUUUUUCCAAUUUCAAAAUAUAAAUUGUUUUUAUUCGAUUAGGAUUCGGUAAAGCAUGCCACUUUAUAAUAAUUAAAGUGUUAUUUUCCUCAUUAAGUAUUCUGUAUUACGUCACAAGAUCGUACUAAGUUUGUUUGUCAAUAAAGGUUUAGGAAGAAUUAUAACUAGCACAUCGGGCGUUUUAACAUAAGCUUUUCAGUCCGGAUCAUAUUUGCUGGGAAAACAAUAAGUAUAACAAACAUAGUAACGAUACAUUAUACCUGAUUUUCCCGUCAAACGUUUACGGUAUACAUUACAUGUCAAGACGUUCACAUGAGAAGUAAAAGUGAAGUCUAUACAAUAAAACAGGGCCAAUAACCUAUAGACAUUAUGUCUGCUGUCACCCGAUUCUGAACGAUGUGAAUUCGUAGGCAGGAUAUGGUAAUGUCAAAAUGGACCAAACCAAAGUUUGUAUUUUUCUCGCAGAUUUAUAGACGUGAAGAAGCACAAUGGUGAUUAUUAAUUUAAGUGUACAGCGUGGGAUACGCCGUGAAAAUUCGAGACUUUGCGAGAUUUGAUGUGGCUUAUAUACCACAGGACAGAAAGGAUGCCUUAAUCGUUGUAUAAAAUGUACAGAAGAUGAUUCAUAUUGGACAUGUAAAUAUAGCAGUUUAAAGUGUAAUUAUACAAUAUUGUACUAAACAUAGUUUAAUCUCGUGUUUCGUAAAAAAACAAUAUCCGUCUUGAAGACGGUGUAAAAGGGUCCCAAGGUACUUGAAAUGAAGAAACAUUUAAUGUGUUUUAUAGGUUUAAAAGCGAAAGUGUUCUGACGAGUUUUUUUCUUGAUCCCAUUAAAAAAAACACUGCCAUGGCAAGAUGUUUGAGUCAUAAUAGGUUUCGAGAAACUUUUUUUGUAGACAGUGGCGCAGUGGUACCAUCUCCAACUCUAGUCACCCUUGUUCGAUUUCCGCCAGGUGGCGCUAUAUUGCAUAGGUUCUCGUUUGGCUUUUUUCUUCCAUAAAAAAACCCAUCUAUACAGCUGUUAAGUUUACGGUAGAAAGAUUGCGGGUAACACCAUGUGGGAAGUAAUCUAUUCUUGGAAGAAGUGUGGUUCUGAAAAGA